AUGACCGGGGAGCGUUCUGAUUCUUUACGUUACACAUGGGAAACUGAUCCCACUGCCGGAAUCGUUCCUAGGGCUCUAAAUCAGAUAUUCACGACCCUCGAAUCGAUGGGUUGCGAUUUCUCUGUAAGGGUUUCAUUUUUGGAACUAUACAACGAAGAACUAUUUGAUCUUCUUUCUUCCGGGGAAGAAUAUGUCCGUUUGGGCGUUUAUGACGACUCAACCAGAAAAGGCUCCGUUCUUGUCAAAGGUCUUCGUGAAGUCGCCGUGCACAACAAGGAAGAAGUGUAUAGCAUAUUGGAAAAAGGCCUCACACGAAGACAAACAGCAAGCACACACCUUAAUGCCCAGUCAAGUCGAUCUCAUACCGUCUUUACCGUAACUGUUCAUAUCAAGGAAAUCUGUCCUGAAGAUGAUGAAGUAUUUUUAAAAAUUGGAAAGCUUAAUUUGGUUGACCUCGCGGGUAGCGAAAACAUCGGCCGAUCUGGUGCCUUGGACAAGCGAGCCAGAGAAGCUGGCUCAAUAAAUCAGAGUCUACUUACUUUAGGGCGUGUAAUCACGUGCCUUGUCGAUCAUUCUCCUCACAUACCCUAUCGUGAAAGCAAAUUGACUCGUCUGCUUCAGGAUUCACUGGGAGGGAAAACGAAGACAUCGAUUAUCGCUACAAUAAGCCCUGGCAGUUCUUCAUUAGAAGAAACAAUUUCAACGCUGGAUUACGCUCACCGCGCAAAAAACAUUCAAAAUCGGCCAGAAAUAAAUCAGAAACUUAACAAAAACCAGUUAAUCAAAGGCUACAAUGAAGAGUUGGAGCGUUUGCGCAAAGAUCUGGAGGCUGCCCGCUCAAAAACUGGUAUUUUUAUUGAUGCGGAUAAUUACAAUACAAUGCAGUUUCAGCUGAAGCAGCAACGUGCGAGGAUUGAUGAUUUGGAAAGUCGGAAAGAACUACUUGAAUCAGACUUGGAGUCCGUGACAAAGAACUUCGAGCUUUCUCAACAAGAACUAACUGAGAUUCGUGAAGCCAAGGAGAGAGUGGAGGUUGAGUUAUGCAAGGCAGCCGAAGAUCUUAGAGCCACCGUGUAUCGAUUGGAAAAAACUGAGCGCAGAUUACAUGAAGAGAUGUAUUUGCGCUCGGAACAUCAGAGUACUGAGGAGAAACUAUCUGAACAAGCCAGAGAUCUCCUUUCAGCAACAACCAUGUAUCAAACCGAUUUAUCUGGGAUUCAUGAAAAGUUGGAUCGUGUUGUGUCCCUCGACUCGUGGAAUCGCUCCGUAGUCGGAGCUUUGCCAAAUAUUUGGCUCCCAAAACAGCUUCAGGAGCCGCUUGAUUUGGUCGCUUCAAUCAAGACUGGCCUUUCCUCGGGGUUGCAGGAUCUCUCUGCCGAUCUAGCCAGACUUCGGGAGCACAUGGCGUUGUCAGGCGAAAAGAGUCUAACGGAUAUGAGCCAACUGGCGUCUACUCUUUCAGCAGUCGUCUCUGCCAACCUGCGUCUAGCCGCGGGGCAUGUUGACGACUAUGUUAAUAACCAGGCUCGUGCAAUUGCGGACUUCCGCGAAACAACCAUGGAUCCAGUGCUUUCCAAUGUAAAUGAACUGGUCGUUGAGUUACAGAAUAAGGUUGAGACCAUUGAUCGGCGACUUAAAGCAGAGGCUAAAGCCCAAGCCGAAAUGCUUGACCGGUUGGCGGUGAAAGCUGCUUCUCUCUCCAACUCAGCGGAAGCUUGGGUUCGUCUUCGUGAAGUGGAGGUAGAAGAGAAUAAACGUCUUCGUGGCGAGUUGGAGUCGCGACGUAAAGCUGAAAACGCCGACACGUACGCUCUUGUUCAACUCUUACAGGCACAAACUCGGGUGGAAUCGGACAAAAAGAUUGACGAAAGUCUUGCAGCCAAGUGUGAUCGUCUCGAUCAGCUCGCCAGUGUUGAAGCGAACACCCUGCGUCAAUUAUCAACGGACCUUUUAGGGUCAAUUUCUUUCGUUAGUGAAAGUCAAGCAGCUGUUGCCACAAGCAUCUCGUCUGACGUCGAUUGCUGCACAAAAGAUAUCUCGCGUUUGGGCAGCAGGAUUCGAGAUGCCGCAUCCUCACUAGACAUUCUAAUAGAAAGCUCAUUAAAUGCAGCCAAGAAGUGUAUGUCGUCGCCCAAUGGUGUCGGUAAACAACUCUUCGACAAAGCAGCUGAUUGGAAGUCCCUCAGUGCUGAAGGCACGACUGAAGUCGACGAGCCAAACACCGAUUUCUUUGUUCGCACGGUUGAGGAUUCUAAAUGUCGUCUCAAACUAAACGAAACCUACACCGCGGAGUCUAUGAACAAGCUUGAGGAUACUGCGGCUGGUUUCAGCGAUCUUGUCCCAGCGAUGGAUAUGGUUUCCACUGCUUUGAUCCCUCGUUUGCCCGCACUUCUCUCCGAUCAUUUAGCCGGUUCCAUUCGAGACUAUUCUCCAACUGGGGAGACCCCACAGCGAAGGGACAUUUCCUACCCGAAGGAGUUCGCUCGCACGGCUAGGCAUAGUCUGCUUUUAGAGGGAUUCAGGCAGACUCAUGGCUUCCCAGCACAGGAGAGCCCACUAGCAGAUAUGUCGAAUUUGGCCGGACGGAGUAAUUCUCAGUGGUUUUUGUUGGAUCAGACACCUUCGCUUCCAACUGUGGAAUGUGAUGUUGAAAACGACUUUGAUCGGAAGUCUGGUAGCCGUGCCAGCAGUGGACUGGCGUCGAAAGUUGACCUGCACUCCACCUACUCGGGGUCUGCCUCCGCGAAGCGCAGUUCAGUCGACACCGAACCUGAAGCGGUAACUGUCGAUGUGGGUUCGGACUAG